GAAAGCCCCACCAUCAGAAAAACAAAAAUCUUUUCUCUUAAUCAACGCUACAACAAAUUAGAGUCAUCGAAAACUUUACAGCUUGAGACAACUGUUUUUCUUGUUAUUGUAGAAACAAUUUAAAAUUUUCUUUCUGUUUCUGUUGCCGGUUUGUCUAUUUUUUGUGUCUUUGCAUUCUUUCUUUACCGCAGAACAAUUGUCGGAAGACAAAGAACCUUAAAAAACUUGCUGUCUUAACUUUCCCUAUAAAUCUCCUAAAUCUUCUCUUUCUCUCUUCUUCAAUCUUCCUCUCGCUCACCCAAAACAGGUGAAGAAAAACAAAGGAAUUAACGAGCGUUUAGAAUAGGCUCUCUGGUUUUUGAAAGCUAAGGAGGAAACAUGGGAGGUUGCGCCACCAAGCCUAAGGUUUUGAAGGGUGACGAAAGGGAUGUCCCGGUUCCUGCACCGCCUCCUAAGCAGACGAAAGAGCCUGUUCCGGAGGUUCCUGAAGCAAAGAAGGUUGCUGAUGUUGUUGCUGCAAAAGGUAAAAAGAAGGUAGAAGCUGAUUUUGUUGAGGCCAGGCAGGUUGAUAUUGUUAAUGAUGACAAGGUUGAUGAUCAUGCAAACAAGCAACGAUCCAUCAGUAACUUGUUCAAAGAGAAUGAAAAGAAGGGUGCAGCUGAGAGUGACAACACAACAUCAGAGCCAUCGAAAAACGAAUCACUAGAGCCAGUGAAACAACAAUCAUCGGAGCCAGUGAGACAAGAGCCAGUAGAGCCUGUGAAAACAGUAUCACUGGAGCCCGUGCAAAUAAAAUCGGUGGAGCCAGUGAAACAGGAGCUAUCAGAGCCAGAGAAGCAGGCACCAUCAGAUACCGAGAAAUUAAAAGAGGCCUAUGUGACUAGGAAUCAGGAAACUGAGGAACCUGCAAAGCCAAUUGAGCAGACCUACAACCCAGAGAUUGAAUCAGCACAAUCACUUGAAGCCAAACCAGCACCUGAGGCAGCGGCAGCAGUGAAUGUGCCUGAGACGCAAAAAAAUGAAAUAUCAGCUGACGAUAAGGAAGGGAAGACAGAAAACACAUUUGUUGUUUUACUCCAACGGGGUAAGGCUGCUGAAGAGAUUAUUGCAGAAAUCAAGUAG